CUUAUGCAGCAGAUUGGUUGGUUCUCAGGGUGUUGAGAGAGAGGGAGAGUGAGCGGGAAGGGGUCAACAGAGAAUUAUGGACUAUCAGAACAUUAUAAAUCCUCUAUACAUCUGUGGCUUCUUCCUGACAAAGCUUGCCUCUCUGUGUCUUGAACUCCUCAGCUGUGUCCUGAUGAAGGAGACCCUCAGGUACUUGGCAGGCAUUGCAGGCCCGAGCGGUUACGGUUCCAACUCCACUGCCGAGCAAGUCACUGAGUUGCCCUCCUGGCCAUCAUGCUCACUCUUCUCUCCUCAGCUCACCGCCAUUGUCACCGGGGCAACUUCGGGAAUAGGAGCUGAAACAGCAAGGGUGCUGGCAAAGAGAGGGGUCAGAAUAGUAAUUCCAGCAAGGAAUCUCAGGAAGGCUGAGGAAGUGAAGGAGAAGAUUCUGAGGGAAUCUCCACGUGCUGAGAUUCUUGUUUUGGAGAUAGACCUCAGCUCAUUCACUUCCAUAAGCAGAUUCUGCUCAGAGUUCCUCUCCCUAGGACUGCCCCUAAACAUCCUCAUAAACAAUGCAGGAGUGUUCUCUCAGAAGAUGGAGUUCUCUGAGGAAAAGAUGGAGAUGACAUUUGCAACAAAUUACUUGGGGCAUUAUCUGCUAACUGAGCUGCUGCUGGAGAAGAUGAUAGAAACAGCCGCAGAAACAGGCGUACAGGGAAGGAUCAUCAAUGUUUCUUCGGUGAUCCACAGCUGGGUUAACAAGGAGACCUUCUGCUUCAACAAAAUGCUCAGCCCAAAGAUUUAUAAUGGGACCCGUGCAUAUGCUCAGUCGAAACUGGCCAACAUCUUGCAUGCCAAGGAAAUGGCAAGACAGCUGAAGGCAAGGAAUGCGAGAGUAACCAUAAAUGCAGUGCAUCCCGGAAUCGUGAAGACUGGAAUUGUUAGGGCACACAAAGGCUUUAUUACAGGCAUGACCUUUGCUUCUGCAGAUUCCCUAUAUUUCAUUGCAUCCAAAUUAUUGAAGACCAUAUCUCAGGGGGCAUCGACAACGUGCUAUGCAGCUCUGAGCCCCCAGGUGGAAGGGGUCAGCGGGAAGUACUUUGCAGACUGUAAUGAAAGAGCCUGCUCGGCUCUAGCGAAUGAUGAACGCGAAGCGAGAAAGCUAUGGAAGCAGACCCGAGUGAUGAUUCAGAGGCGGUUGGGUCAAUGACGAGAUUAACCGAAAAGAUUCUUUCUAAACAUAUACGAGCUCAUGAUUCGUGUAUAUAAAUAUAAGCCUAGAAUACUCGAAAGAGAAGAAAAAAUGUAGAACUAUAGGAUCUCAGAGUCUAUAACAAUAGACGAUGAAGAAGUGAAGUACAUGUAAAUAAGUUUCUUCACAACAGCAGGAACAAGUGUUACUAUUAUAGCAGAUCUAAUAAUGAUCAGCUCAUGUCAUCUCAAAAUCGAAAUGAAAUCCCAGAAAAUUUCUUUCA